AAUCAUCCACGUUCAUUAUUCUAUUUUAAAGUACAUGAACAAAAAUAGUCUUUUACACUUCUAUAUCUAUAUAUAGUAAUAUAGUUCAAUUUUUUCAGAACAAAAGAAAAGAAAGUUCAGUCUAGUUUCUUUUCCUGCUUUGCGGCUUCUCGCCGUUUUGUGAGAAAAGAAAGAAAUAAUGGUGUCUCGAAAACAUGCAGACGAAGCAGUAGUUAGUAGCGGUUUCAAUGAGAGAAAUCAACAAGAAGGAGAGAAAGAACAAAAUAGUUCAUUCAGUGUCAAAGAUUUACUUUGGGAUGGUGGUUCUGUUUAUGAUGCAUGGUUCACAUGUACUUCAAAUCAAGUGGCUCAAGUGUUGUUGACACUGCCAUAUUCAUUCUCUCAACUUGGCAUGCUAUCUGGGAUCUUGCUUCAAAUAUUCUAUGGAAUUCUUGGAAGUUGGACUGCUUAUCUUAUCAGUGUUCUCUAUAUGGAGUACCGGACAAGAAAAGAAAAGGAAAAUGUUAAAUUCAAGAACCAUGUCAUUCAAUGGUUUGAAAUUCUUGAUGGAUUGCUGGGUCCAUUUUGGAAAGCAUUGGGGCUAGCUUUCAAUUGCACUUACCUUGUAUUUGGAUCUGUUAUUCAGCUUAUAGCUUGUGCAAGCAACAUCUACUACGUAAGUGACAACUUGGACAAAAGAACUUGGACUUAUAUAUUUGGAGCAUGUUGUGCAACAACUGUGUUCAUACCAUCCUUCCAAAAUUAUCGUAUUUGGUCUUUUCUUGGAGUUGGAAUGACAACUUACACUGCUUGGUAUCUCACUAUAGCAGCUAUGGUUCAUGGACAGGUAGAAAAUGUGACACAUACAGGUCCAAAAAAGCUAGUGCUAUACUUCACUGGAGCAACCAAUAUACUUUACACAUUUGGUGGACAUGCUGUUACAGUAGAGACUAUGCACGCGAUGUGGAAACCACAAAAGUUCAAGCACAUAUAUUUGCUGGCAACUUUAUAUGUUUUCACAUUAACGAUUCCUUCUGCUUCGGUUGUUUAUUGGGCAUUUGGUGAUCAACUUCUGAAUCAUUCCAACGCUUUCUCUCUUCUCCCCAAAACUCGUUUUCGUGAUGCGGCUGUUAUCCUUAUGCUCAUUCACCAGUUCAUCACAUUUGGUUUUGUUUGUACUCCAUUGUACUUUAUAUGGGAGAAAGUAAUUGGAAUGCAUGAUGCAAAAAGCAUUUGUCUAAGGGCACUAGCAAGGUUACCAGUGGUGAUACCUAUUUGGUUUUUGGCCAUUAUUUUUCCUUUCUUUGGACCUAUUAACUCUGCAGUUGGAUCUCUUCUUGUUAGCUUCACUGUCUACAUCAUUCCUUCAAUAGCUUUUAUGAUCACUUUUAGAAAAGCCUCCGCGAGACAGAAUGCUGUUGAAAAGCCUCCAUUUUUCAUGCCAAGCUGGACAGCAAUGUAUAUUAUUAAUACAUUUAUUGUGGUAUGGGUUUUGGUGGUUGGAUUUGGGUUUGGAGGAUGGGCUAGUAUGACAAACAUCAUUGGACAAAUUGACACAUUUGGGCUUUUUGCUAAGUGUUACCAAUGCAACCCUCCAGCACCACCCAUGGUUGUAGCUCCACCUUCUCAUGCCCCUCAUCAUUGAAAUUACACCUCACUCACCUCAUAAUCAUACAAGAAUUCAACUCAAGCUACUAUAUAAUAAUCUCUCAUGGGUCCCUCAAUGUUUUGUAACAUGCAUGGAGGGGUUAUAGUAGUAAUACUCAACCCACUUCAUUAGGUGUGUCUGUUGGUUGUGUGUUGUGCAAGUUUUUUCUGUCCAUGUUUUAUUGUUCAGUUUUCUCUUCUUCUACAACCCUUUUAAGAUUAGUUGAUUAAAAAUAAUGUGGGUGAAUGGUUAUGAUUCCUUUGCUAUAAAUGCAUAGGCUAAUUAAAUUA